AUGCCCGUGGACGCUUACAACUAUAAUGAGAAUAUAGACAUUCUUUUUAUCCCCUUCUUCCAUCUCUCCAGACACUUGGCGCAAAAGGGUCACAAAAUCUCUUUCAUCUCAACACCAAGAAACCUCCAAAGGCUCCCCAAAAUACCCCAAAACCUCUCUCCGCUCGUCAACCUCGCAUCCCUCCCUUUCCCUCACAUACCCAACUUAACACCCCAUGCAGAGUCCUCCACUGACGUUACCUACUCCAAGCAAAUGCUCCUCAGAAUGGCCCUCGACGAGUUACAACCGACCAUAACAUGUUUCGUUGAAUCCUCAAAACUCGAUUGGAUGAUCUGUGACUUUGCUUCUCACUGGCUUCCUCCCACAGCGGCUGAGCUCAGUGUUCGUUGCUGCUUCUUCGGCCUCUUUAACGCUGCGUUGCAUUGCUUAGUUGGCCCACCAUCAGUCCUCGUCGGCGGCUCAGACCCUCGAAAGAUGGUCGAGGAUUUUUUCCGUGUCCCCGAGUGGAUUCCCUUUGAGUCCAAUGUUGUUUUCCGUUCGUAUGAGAUCACCAAGUUUAUUCAGGCUUCGAGUGAGUACACUUCUGUAACACCUGAUAUGGUGCGUAUGGGAGCAACGAUAAGAGACAGCGAGGUUGUGGCUGUGAGGACGUGCAACGAGCUUGAACCUGAGUGGUUUGAUCUCUUGGGGGAGUUAUCCUCGGCGGCAACCUUCCUCCAUUCACAAGAAUACCAGCAACAGUUAAUCCUUUACUUGCACUCUAAGUUAUAGAUCUAAAAACCCGCCACAACUGCUCAAUUUAACCGAAUUGAGACGUCUAUUAGACUCAGGAAAAGCAAGGUGUUUACCAUUGAUCGACUAGAGGUGCAAACUGAGAUCAUCAUCAGCAUAAAGCACGAUCCGUCCAUUCUGUGAGGCAACCAGCUUUGACAAAGCACUGCCUGACGGAUGGCGCAAAGAUCCAACAUAUCUCCCUUCCCUCAAGGUAUGGAAGAUGCUGGUUCCAUCUUUGGACCCACUGAUGACUUUAUCAAGCUCCGUGCUGAUAUACAAUCAUGUAAUUAUAUCGUCACGGCCACAGAGAAAAUGGAAAGGAGUUUCAGCAACAACAUAAUCUUUUUGAUGAAUCUCAGCUUGCAAGUUCCUAGUCUUUUUUCGGGAGCUUUGACAUGAUAAACUUCCCUCACCAUUACAGUGGUAUCAUAACUUCCAGUAGCAAGGACACUUCCAUCAGAUGCCACUGCAGCAGAAUGGAAGAGAUAAUUUGUAAAGUGAUUCUGCAGUUUCAUCCACCAUUACAUGCCACAAUAAUACCGGCAAAUCAAUGAGAAUGGGUAUAGCAACAUCUUUUCUCAAAAAGUAAGACUUUGAAUAUACUACAUCAAUAUGCAGGUCCAACAGUCACAGUUCGCUAGUAAUUGUUAACAGUGCAAUUCGAUUUGUUAGCCAUAACUCGUCUCUGUCUUUUCUGGUUGUCACUGGUAGCAUAUUGCUUUGAAUGUAUUACAUACUACACUUUUUUCCAUUUAAUAAA